AAAAGUACAUUUUUACAAUAACGGUCUUUGUAGGCAAUAGGAAAUGACGCCAAGAGCGAUUUUCCGGUUCCGAUUUAUGUCAGCUGAUCGUCUGCCGUUUACAAACAUACUCUCUUUGUGAUUCCAGUCUGUAAAGACCGUGGGUUCGAAUCUGCAGGUUGUUUUUGUCCGUUUUUGUCGCCAUGGAAGAAUUUGUCAGCAGAGAGCAGCAGGUGGUGGAGGAAGAACCAGAGGCCAACGGACACCAUAGCAGCACACAGUCAUCACAUAGACUGUUGAACUACAGCGACGCACUCAUUUCCAUAAUCGCGACAGUCAUGAUUUUACCAGUGGCUCAUACAAAAGUGGAAGAUAAUGAGGAGUUAAGACAGAGUGUUCAGACUCUUCUCACAACAAAAAUUGCUGUUUACUUGAUGACUUUUCUCAUAGUGACUGUGGCCUGGGCAGCUCACAUCAGGUUGUUUCAGGUGAUUGUUCGGAUCGACGACUGUCUCGCUCUGCUAAACCUCGCCUGUAUGAUGCUCAUCACCUUCCUGCCAUACACUUUUUCUUUAAUGGCCACUUUUCCAGAAAACAUUCUUGGGAUCCUGCUCUUCUGUGGUUGUGUGAUGGUGAUUGGUGUUAUCCAGUCGAUCAUCGUGUUGUACGCCUUCAGUCAUCCCUACCUACUGAAUCAGCAGAUUCAGUCAUUGGAGAGUAGAAGCUUCUACAAGAGUCACAUCCUAAAGGUCAUCAUGAGGGUUCCUCUAGUGUGUUUCUUCGCCAGUGUGACGUCACUCAUCUUCUUCCAGCUGUCGUACGUGUUAUUGGCCAUCGUCAUCUUCCUGCCUUACAUUACACGCUGUCUGAAAUGGUGUCGCAGCAAAGCCAUUGGUCCUGUAGAAGAGUCUCCAGAAGUCGAGUUGUUCUACAGUUUUCUGCCUAACGAGCCCCUCAGUAAAGAACGUGUGGAGGCAUUUAGUGACGGUGUUUAUGCCAUUGUAGCUACGUUGCUCAUCCUUGACAUCUGUGAGGACAACGUUCCUGACCCAACUUUGGUGAAACAGCAUUUUGGUGGCAGUCUUGUUGCCGCCCUGAAGGCCUACGGUCCUGAGUAUCUGGCUUAUUUCGGCUCCUUCGCCACCGUGGGCCUCCUCUGGUUUGCCCACCACUCGCUCUUCCUCCAUGUCACUAGGACUACUCGUUUCAUGGGCCUGCUUAACACCUUCUCGCUGGCGUUUGUUGGGGGUUUACCUUUGGCCUACCAGUUGACACACGAGUUCCCGCCCAAUUCCAGGAAUGAACUAGAAGCUAUCCAGAUCAGUUGCGUCAUAAUUUUUUUCGCCGGAAUUUUUCAGCUGGCCAUCUUCGUGGUUGCACUUUAUAGGCAGCAGGAGACGCUGCACCCAUACGUGCGCUACAAUGGUCAAGAGCACAUCUUUAUGCUUGCUAAACUUGCGCUGUACCCCUGUGUGGCAUUGGUGACCUUCUUCCUAACCUGUAUUCUGAGUCGAUUCAGUGCCUCAAUUUUCCACCUGAUGGAAAUAACAGUGCCUUUCGCCUUCAUCUUGCUCAGGCUGUUAGUGCGCCUCCUUCUGUCCAUCUUGCGCUACAUUUUCUGUCCAGAAAGAAUCAGUCUGCAACGUAUCUUAGAAGAGGACAUAGAAGAUUUAAAUGCAAUUAACACUGCAAACACUUAGGAAGGAAAACAUAAUGUUAACAUUGUUAAGAUUAACACAAGUUUUCUAGGUCAGGGGCAGUGGAUUCCACCUUUUAAGAGGAAAUCGGGCCACUGCCUUGAACAGGUAACUUUGGUCAGCUUAGCUAGUUUAUCACUGUGAACAUUGCUUUCUAUAAGUUUGGUCCAGACCACGCAGUUUAUUGUCUUUUCUCAGUACAUCUGUGUUUAAUGCAUUUUCCUCUGUUGUGGUUGUUUGUGCCCCUCCAUCGUGCCUACUUACUACUUUACACUACUUUGUUAGCACUGCAGGGAGCACUGUAGAAGGGAAAGUGAUCAACACAAAUGUGCUAUUGAACAGCUAGAUAAGUACUAGGGUUAUCCCUAUACCAUUUUUAUGAACAGCUAUGACUAUGAAUAUUCUGAUUUGGGUUCUCACCGAUAUCGAAUGCCAAUAUUGAUACUUUGUUGUUGUUCAGCAAAUGUGCAUUGAAGAGAAAGGCAGUUGUAUGUAUGUAUAUAUAUAUAUAUAUAUAGUAUAUAGGUGUUACAGCUCUGGUUGGAUAUCACAGUGAAGACAACAAGCAUGGACAUGCUUAGAGGCAGUUUUAUUGUUUUAAUUAAUAGAAGUACAUAUCCACAUAGCCACACACAAACAGAUCUGUAAGUCAGGCUCUUCUGAUGUUUUUAUGUCCUAGAUUAUGAUGUCACCACUGUGAUAGCUUAGGUGAAUGACAUAGGUACUUAUGUAUCAUGUGAGUUUCUACUUAGAAGAGAAAUUGAGUAACCAUGCACCAUAGGAAUGGAACUUCUACGACGUAAGUGGAGGGCCCUCUCCCUGUUUUGUAUUUUAUGGUGAGGUCUAAACUCCUAAUCUAUUCACUGUCCCGUAAAGCUGAGAUGAGACAUUAGUGUAUUCAGUGCUACGGUGCAUCAUUUCUUGUUUGGUAACAGCUUUUGCUCUCAUCUUUGUUUUUGACCUCUCAAACUACUGACUUAGUUGCCUAAACAAACUAGCCAUGAGGGAAAAGAGACACUGAGUAGAGGAGGAAGAUAGGUGAUAGGUGACCUGCCCACAGCUGGUUAUAGUGAAAAGCCAUCCCCAACCCUAGGUUGCUGGAUCAGCAUGUUUUUUGAAGUUUUUUUUAUGUAUCCGUCCCAUGUUGUUAAAGUUAUUGUUAUAUAUUUUCGUCAAGUAGGAGUGUCAAUUAUUUUCUGUCAUGCUGAUUUGUGGAAUUUUAAUUGUGACUCACUGUGAGUCUUGAAAUCACUUGGAGUGAUUGCAUUUGAGUUUCUUCAUCUGCAAAAACUUAAUGUUAAAGAAAUUCAAUAGAAAAGGGUGGCUUUCAAAAUAAGAGGAAAUGAACUGACAAGCACUUUAAAACAAGCAUCUUGAUUGUUGUGUCACUUUGCACUGGAAAACUGAUAAUACACAACAUACUAAAUGUAUUCAUAAAUUAAUUACAAGUUACUUUGGUGUACUUUAUGCUCUUUUUAACUUUUAUUUAGUGACUCCUCCUGUGGUGGCCUGUGUCAGUUGCAAACACUCACAUUGUACAUUUUCCCAUUGUGGAACGAUUAAGGGACACAAUUAUUAUUAUUUAGACAUAUUUUUUCUAAACAUUUAAAACUGUGUCUGCAAUGUGAAUCAUUGAUUUUUGAAUAACAAUUUAAUAUAAUUUAUGAUAUAAUUGUUGUAUACGGUUUUGUUUAUUGCGUGACAUUUAUUGUACUACAAAUCCUAAUUUGACCUGAACAUUUAAAAAAAAAAUCCUUAAGUAUUAAUGCAACAAGAAAGAGUACAUACUGUAUUUUGAGUACAUUACAUACGUCCAUAUGUUCACAAUAGUUGAUUCUUUUGAUUAUGAUUGAUUAUGACAUAUAAUAUAUAAUAUGUAUUAUAUAUUAUAUAUGUAUAUAUUAUAUAAUAUAUAAUAUAUAUAAUGUAUACACCAUAUGACAUAAUUAUGAUUAUGAUUGAUUAUGAUUCAAUAAUUUAUUGAAUCACAAUAGAACUAGUUUGAUAACCCUGAUAAAGCAUUGAGAAUUACACUUUCAACUUUUACCUUCUAUCUCAUGACUGUCUGAAACUCUAUUCAAGUCCACAAUCAUCAAAAUGGUCCCCACUCUAUUUCUAUGAAGUCUUCGCUGUAUGAUUAUUGUAUUUAAACUGUAACCAGAUCCACCAAAAACAGUAUUGUUUAUAAUAUUUUGUAUAAGUUUUGGUCUUUUUGUACACUUUUUUAUCUUGAAUGAAGUGCAAGAAAGAGAAAAACAUGUAUUGUUUUUUAAUAUACAACAGAGUAUUAGGGCCACAUUCAGAGAAAAAAAAGAAUUAUGGGAAGCAUUGCUAGAAUAAAUUCUUAACAUUUUGAGCAAAAAGUUGUACAUUUGUUGUGUCAUGUCCCUUAGACACUUGGAUUCUCUUUUCUUACCUGUGAACCAAAUUCUGUCCUAGGUUCAAAAACCAUCCAAACCCCUUAAAAGACAUAAACUUUAUUCAGAUUUGGGCACACAAUGAUUCAUAUCAAGUAAUGGUACCAGUAUUGGCGAUACAUGCCCUGUAUUUCCUUAUGAAAAAACACCAUUAGUUUUUAAAAUUAUUAAUUCAAUCUUUGUUUACUUUGAAUCCUUGUUAGUUUUCUUAAAAUAUGUUUUAUUGUUUGUGUAAUAUACUGUCUGUUGUUUUCUUUUAUAUAUUUGUUUAAAUUUUGACUUGAAAUGCUUGGUAGCCUUGUCCACCUAAAUUAAUUAUAAAUAAGCAUAAAGACUAGUAGUCUAUUUGUUGCUAUUACAUAGGUUUUAACCCAAGUGUUUCGCACUAAAAUUAACUACACACUUGAGGUUGUCUUCUCUGGCAGCGUUGUGCAAUGCGUGCAUCUGUGCAAUUCCAGAGCCCAUUCUGAAAAUAUGUUAAUAUGUGAACUAGUGUUAUCCGCACAAAUGACGAAUAUUGUAUAGGGUGCGUCUGCAGUUAUAACAUGAUUAUAAGACUGUUUUAGUCUAAUAAUUGAAAUACGCCAAUUCUGAUAUGUUCAUAUACUCAAAAGGGACGCAGCAACCAAACGCUGAGAAGUUAGCUUACCAUUUUCAGGUGAUAUGCCAUGUUUGCAGUCGACCUGUGAAUUGCCAACUUGCUUGCUAACUUUUCGUUCUAUUUUUGUAAAAUGCUGCCACACUGUCGAUGUCUUUGACGUGGUAAAGGAGACUGACUAUAACAAAAUGCUAAAAUUUAAUAAAUAUUCGGCGAACCAACGGACCAAGGCUUUCUGGUACAUUCUUCAAAUCUGCCUGUAGUUUUGGCUAAUCCAAAAUAGUGAAAACAAGGUUCUGAAGACAGAAAGUUACCUGUGAAAUUAGGUUCUUAAAAAAAAAAGAAAAAGAAAAAACAAACAAUCGACCAAUAUUCUGAUUGAUCGAUUGUUUGUUUUUUCUUUUUCUUUUACGUAUCAGCCAGUAAAUCGUUUAGUCCCCUGGGAGAUUACAUUCCUGUCAUAUAAGGUUUUGUUGUUUGAUUUUUGUGUGAAUACAGUAAGCAGAAAAUCAGUUUUUGUUAUAUUUCAUUGUUUGCAUGUAACUGUUACUGUUGUUCAAUAAAUAAAUGUGAAACUGUU